GCGGGCGGGGGGCGCGGCUGGAGGCGCUCGGACUCGGCCCCGGCUGGGGGUGCGGACGGAGAGGGUUAGUGCUGUCCGCCCUCUGGGAGAAUGAGCCUGCCACUUCUUCCCCAGCGGUUGGUCGGGCUCUUCUGGCCCGCAGCACUGUCGGGGACGACUUAUCGACAAGAAGACAGGGUAGGCAGACCUGGGUACCAGGGCCAGUGGUGCUGCAGUCACUGGGGAGGCACGCGCCCUGGAUGCAGCUGAAGUCUCCAGUGAAUAUUGAAUUGCUGAGAAAUUUGGGGAAAGAGCAGCUGAAGUUCCCAUUCCAUGGAUCCCUUGGGUGCCCCUUCCCAGUUUGUGGAUGUGGAUACGCUACCCAGCUGGGGCGACUCAUGUGAAGAUGAAUUAAAUACUUCCGAUACUGCAGCUGAAACAUUGCAAGAAAAUACUGUUAGAUCACCUUUUCUUUACAACAAGGAUAUCAGCGGGAAAGUGAUUCUUUGGAAAGGAGACGUGGCAUUACUGAACUGUACGGCCAUUGUGAAUACCAGCAAUGAAAGUCUUACAGAUAAGAACCCUGUGUCAGAGAGUAUCUUCAUGCUCGCAGGACCCGAUUUGAAGGAGGACCUCCAGAAACUUAAGGGUUGCCGGACAGGUGAAGCAAAAUUGACGAAAGGAUUUAAUCUAGCUGCCCGGUUCAUCAUUCACACAGUGGGACCUAAGUACAAGAGCCGCUAUCGCACCGCUGCUGAGAGCUCCCUGUACAGCUGCUACAGAAACGUGCUUCAGCUGGCAAAAGAGCAGUCAAUGUCAUCUGUGGGAUUCUGUGUCAUCAAUUCUGCAAAACGAGGUUAUCCUUUAGAGGAUGCAACACACAUAGCACUUCGCACUGUAAGGAGAUUCCUGGAGAUUCAUGGGGAGACCAUUGAAAAAGUAGUAUUUGCUGUCUCUGAACUUGAAGAGGCUACUUACCAAAAGCUGCUACCUCUGUACUUCCCAAGGUCAUUAAAGGAGGAAUGUCGAUCGUUGCCAUACCUACCUGCAGAUAUUGGAAAUGCAGAAGGGGAGCCUGUGGUACCUGAACGACAGAUUAGAAUAAGUGAAAAACCUGGUGCCCCGGAGGACAACCAAGAAGAGGAGGCUGAAGGCUUGGGAGUAGAUCUCUCUUUCAUCGGCUCUCAUGCUUUUGCUCGAAUGGAAGGAGAUAUUGAUAAGCAGAGAAGACUGAUCCUUCAGGGCCAGUUAUCAGAGGCAGCCCUGCAGAAGCAGCAUCAGAGAAAUUAUAAUCGCUGGUUGUGUCAAGCAAGAUCUGAGGAUCUAUCUGAUAUUGCUUCUCUAAAAGCCUUAUACCAAACAGGUGUUGAUAACUGUGGGCGCACAGUGAUGGUGGUAGUUGGAAGAAACAUUCCUGUCACAUUAAUAGAUAUGGACAAGGCUCUCUUAUAUUUCAUCCAUGUAAUGGAUCACAUUGCUGUGAAGGAAUAUGUAUUAGUAUAUUUUCACACACUGACCAGUGAAUACAAUCACCUGGACUCUGACUUCCUGAAGAAACUCUACGAUGUUGUUGAUGUCAAAUACAAGAGGAAUUUGAAGGCUGUUUAUUUUGUUCACCCAACAUUUCGUUCAAAGGUAUCAACAUGGUUUUUUACCACCUUUUCUGUCUCAGGACUGAAGGACAAAAUCCACCAUGUGGACAGCCUCCACCAGCUAUUUUCUGCCAUAUCACCAGAACAGAUUGAUUUUCCACCUUUUGUCCUUGAAUAUGAUGCCAGGGAAAAUGGGCCUUACUAUACAUCUUAUCCCCCAUCACCAGAUUUGUGACCUGCCAUCUUUUAGCGCUACUGGUUUCCAGGGACGUCACUUGCUCCACGAAUUGCUACCUAUUGAAGUGAUAUUCAUUUUUGCUCUUCAGAUCCAGAGAGCCUUUUGUCCCCACCUCUCUGGUAUUUUUUUAUUGACUGUAUAUUUUCUGGCACAUAAGCAAUCUGAAAAUGGUAGGCCAUUCCGAACUGCACACUUAUUUUAAAUUUGUAUAUUUGUAUCAAAUGAAAAUGUUCAUUUUUAGAAGGUUGUUAAUAGAAAUCGGGGAGCAACUUUUGAGUAUCUUCAGUUUCCUGAGAGGACACUGGAUUCUCCGUUAGACCAGCCACCGAUGUUGUCCAUGCCAUCUCUCUAACAUUGCACGCUUCCUUUGUGUACUUCACUGUUUCUCAAAAUAUAUAGAACCAGUGUGUGCUGACCAUAGAUGCAUUGUUUGCUUCAGAUCCUGGCACUACAUUUUAUGCAGAUAAUUUGGUUAUGAUGAAAGAGAAUUGUCUGGGAUCAAGGAUGUGGAAAUGUAUCUGAUCAAAAUACCAAAAUCAUUAGCAAAAUAUAGGUCUUGGAAUCUUACUGCGCUAGUUAAGACGAAGAUUUAAGGACGAAAGUUCCUUGGAUUUAUGAUUUGUUAAGAUUGCCACCGUUCUGGUCUCAGUAGUGGAGGACAAUAAGACCAUAUCUUCCGCCUUUUUCCUAUAAUCAUGGGUGAUUUGGUUGCCUCAUUUUAGAGGACUUCACUUAUUAGUACUCUUAAGUGAAAGGUAUCUCUUAGACUCCAUCAGUGACCCUUUCGAGAGCGUGGUCUUCCCAGAGGUGUGAUUUUGUUUGGCUCUUAAAGCUACUCCCUCUAAGGACAUUUCCUCGCAGUGUCUCUUGAGUUGCCUACAUCAAUAUGGAGGAAGUUUGUUGCAGCAAACGAAAUUCCAGAUCGCAUUUGCCACUCAGACUCUAUUUGUGCCUUAGCUUGUUUAUGAAUAAGAACCAGAAUUACGAUACCUACCUCACAGAGGUAUCCUAAGAGCAUUUAGAAAGGGCUUUUGAUGCCUUUGGGUGCAAAAUGCCAGCAGAGCUUAUGUAGGGUGUCGUUUCGGUCAGUCUUUAAAUGAUAAUAAAUAGACCUGAGGGUACUACCAGGCACUCCUCUUCUCCUUGGCACCUUCUGAGUCAUUUUUCUUUUCGUGGGACAAGAGCUGCUAGUGAGAAAUCCCAACCGUGAGGACCUCCUUCCUACUUUGUCCAGAAUUUCUUCUGGCCUGCUCCUCCCCCAGUGCCACACUUUAACAAGAGGCAUGUGUUAGCCAUUUUAAACAUUUCUUCUUGAAUUAAGGUCAAACCACUGUCAUUUCCGUCUGGUUGUCUUCAUAUUCCUUUUGAUUCCUACGCCACGCCCCUCCCUCAGUCCAUCCUGUACAUUGGCGGUUCAGGGAAGAAAAAGUAGAACCCUUCUGUUCCAGUGUGUUCAGGAUCAGUGCUUCCAAAGGUCCCAUACAUCUGUGCCCAAGUUAAUCGUUCAGUGGCGUUAAAGGAAACCUCCUCCUUUUAUGACAGAGAAAUUUCCCUAUAGUUGUAUUAGCCCCAUUCAAGUAACAGGGGGCUUUACAUUUCUUCGAUAAACCCUCUUCUCUUUUGUAUGUACUGGACACAUUUGCUUUGCAUCAGAUAUCAAAGCCACUUAGCUCCUUAUAUGUGCUUAUUUGGUAAGAGUUUCCUGUUAUGUUCCCUAGGUCAUCAGGUCCAGACAGCCAGUCAGUUGGCUGGUAUUAGGCUUCCUCCUUCCUCUCUGAUAGCACUGCUUUAAAUCCCUUAAGCUUUGAGCUUUAAAAAUCUGAAAAAUUAUCUUCAUCUUCUCCAGGCUAUUAUUAGAUCAGAGUUGGGGUCACUGGGAGCGGUCAUUAAAAAUAUACCACCUUUUCUUUUUUGAAAGUGGACUGGGCUACCUCCAGUUGGCUUCUGGCCUGAAUCAUUUCCUCUGUAGAUAAUAGAGGCUGCAAACUACUUUGCCGUUCAAAAGGAACUAAAAUUAUUGGAAAGAAUAAUUUGGAAAGAAUGUCCCUCUGCUAUAUUCAUAUGAGUAUAUUAAUGUCUAGUAACACAAGCAAGAUUCUACAUAUAGUGAAAUUCUGGUUCAAUUGAUAUCCUAGGGUAUAAAGGUAAUAUGAAAGUAUAUACAUAUCAGCCCCAUUUCACAAUUUAAUGGUGUCCAAAGAUAAGGGCUGUACUUUUCAGUGAAACUAAAUUUGGUAUGGGACCAAGCUCAUGCUUUUAUAGCUGCCUAGAGUGUUAUAUAAUGAAGUUGUUUCAGCGCAUUAAGUCCUACGAGGGGAACAUAGUGACCUUAUGGUGAAAUGAUCAUGUAAAGUUCAGUAUGUAUCUGCCUUUGUCAACAGGUUGCGUUGUCUGGAUAACAUGCCAUUUUCCAGGGACACAUUAGAGGAUAAAAGGGUGACUGGAUGGAGAUGAGCACUAGCAUCUGAUGUUAAUUCAAAGCCCCACCAAGUCUUUGAUUUAAUCCAACUUCAGUCAUGCCAGAUGCUAGUCGAAUUGAGGAAGAAACAACUUCUAAAAUUUUAAUUUAAUUCAUUAAUUCAUCCAAGGCAUAAUAGGAUUUUUUAAACAAGUACAUUUCUUCAGCAUAUAUUUGGGUUCUUCUUAACUCCUCUAUAUCCAAGUUUCUUGCUAGCGAAAAUAACGUCUGGGAAAAAAACUAUCUUUAUUAGACUCCUAAAGCUUAGAGAUCAAGUGGUUUCAAGAUUUUCUUUUCUUUACUAUACAUCUUAUUUCACUGGCUGGUGCUCUGUUCUAUUUAUUUUUUCAAAGGAAUCCAAGUAGUUUGAGACCAAACAACAGGAUUUUUAAUUUUGAUAGGAAAAAUGGAUACAGGUUUUUGAUCACAUAUCUGAAAUCUGAAAGGAUUAAAAUAUCUUGCAUUUCUAGAGAGGGAUGAGAGUAACCACUCCAGUAGAAGAACAGGGCCUGACUAUUUCUCCCUGUUCUCCAUUUGCUUAGAUAUUGUUUAAUGAAUUCAUACUGUAGGUAAUGGUUUCUUUUCUUUGCAGUAGUUAAUAAGAAAAUGAUAAAAUGUGGUUUCGGUAUAAGCUACAAAUCUCUCUUUGUGUUUCCCCUGAUUGUGUAUGUAUAUAUAGAGAGAGUUUAUGUUGAUUAAUAUAUGAAUAGAAAUUAUUAGAAUUUGAAGUACUAGAAGGAGGACUGUAUUUUAAGACCAGUGGAUUGAUUGUAUUAAUGACCCAGAGGACUAUAAGGUAGCAGCAUAUACACCUCUAAAAUUGGAGAUGGCCAGUGAGUUUCAGAUGGUAGUUCUCUUAAGUUAUGGUCAUCAUAGUCCAUAUGCACUAGAAUGUUUUACCUACACUGGCACUGAUAUACCUCAUGGUACGUGAUUGACUCUGGUUCAGGAUUGCCUGAAACCAUGAAAGAUUAAAGGAGGACUCUACCUGUGAUCUAGGUCAUACCAGAAACCCAGAGAUUAUAAGGAUUACCCAGUAGGCCAAACCCUAUAUAUAUAUACAUAUACAUAUACAUAUACAUAUACAUAUACAUAUACAUGUACAUAUCCUAUAUACAUCUACCUUCACACAUAUGUAUGUGAAUAUAUAUGUGUGUACACACACACACAUACACACACACCCAGUAAUCCACUUUGCAUCACAUUCUUUGAAUGUGGUUUCUAUGGCCCAUAUGUAGAUAACACAGAGCAAUAAAUAACAUAGUUCAAGCUUUGAUUCUAUCAGAAUAGCCCUUAAGCAGAUGAUAUCAAGGUCACUUUAUAUAUUAGUGGCUCUUUUGGAUACUAGUUAAUUUUGUUUUCGUUGCUUCCAGGAAUAGUAUCUAAUCUUUUUACAUGAAACAAGCAUGAAAUGUAUAGGGUCACUGAGUUCAAGAAGAAAAACAGAUAUUCUAUAGGUGAAUUACACUAACAAAAUCGUAACUGCUGAAUGAUCUAAUAUUUUUGUUGAACGGUUAAAAUUAAUACAUUUUGUAUAUACAAUCAUACUUUUCCUUUGCGAUGUGUUUUGUUAGUGUAAGCGCACAGUCAUCAUAAACUGAGCCAGCACUUUGUUAGACCAAUUCUUGUGGGCCAAAAUAUUUAAAUAAGAGUUUAACAUAUGUAAAUGAUUUUAAUUGCUGUUGGGCACAGAAGACCCAAAAAUGUUUUCUUGACAUGAUCUUAAAAUGUGUUUAUUCAGAAUUCAGAAUGCUUUUAUGAAUAUUUUAUUUUACUUUUUUUUUUUUAAUGUUUUUUUUGAGAGAGAGAGAUACAAAGCGUGAGCAGGGGGAGGGGCAGAGAGAGAGAGAGAGGGAGACACAGAAUCCAAAGCAGGCUCCAGGCUCUGAGCUGUCAGCACAGAGCCAGACGCAGGGCUCGAACUCAAAGACUGCGAGAUCAUGA